UUCAGAGAAGAAAUGGCAGUUUGGGAAGAGUAUCUGGCAAACCAAGCUAAUGUUGAUGGUAUCCAGAUGACCUGGAAUUUAUGGCCACAUUCACGGAUUGACGCACAGCGACUUGUUGUCCCUAUUGCUGCCUUUUUCACUCCUCUCAAAGAGCGCCCAUCUGAUCAGCCUCACCAGCCACCACUUGAAUAUGAUCCUGUUUUAUGCCAAAAAGCAUCGUGCAAAGCAGUCUUGAAUGCUCUGUGUACGGUCGAUUUUCGUAAUAAGACAUGGAUUUGCCCGUUCUGCAAUCAGCGCAAUCCGUUUCCUCCACAUUAUAGCAUGAUUGCAGAGGAUAAUCGUCCGCCAGAACUGUAUCCACAGUUUACAACCAUCGAAUACACCUUGAAAAAAGCUACAACCCUGCCACCAAUAUUUCUUUUCGUUAUGGACACUUGUCUAUCAGCAGAAGAGUUAAAAGCGCUGAAAGAAUCCAUUCAGACGGCACUUUCCCUCCUUCCUGCCGAUGCACUUGUUGGUUUGAUCACUUUUGGACGAAUGAUUGAAAUACAUGAGCUCAAUGUGCAAGGCAUUUCACGAGCUUAUGUCUUUAAGGGUAGCAAAGAAAUUAAUCACAAACAGAUUCGAGAUGUUCUAACAAUGAACAUUGGUCGACCGGUCAGUGUUGGUGCAACUCCAGGUCCUCAUCAUCAGCAAAUGGGUUCAGGACCACCAGGUUCAGUAUCACAGCAGAGACCUGGUUUUCCCAUGGGAUCUGGUGGUGUUUCCGGUAGUGUCCCAGCAGUUGUCCAAGGAAUGACUGGAAGCUGCCUACUUCCAUUUAACAAAUUUCUUCAGCCUAUAAGCGAUUGCGAAGUAUCAAUAAAUGACCUUAUUGAACAAGCUGUACCGGAUCGUUGGCCAGUUCCGCAAGGACAUCGUCCACUUCGUGCGACGGGUAGUGCACUUGCUGUUGCUGUCACUCUGCUUGAGGUGUGUUUUCCUAAUACUGGAGCUCGGAUUAUGUUAUUUAUUGGUGGUGCUUGUACUCAUGGACCGGGAGCUGUAGUUGGUGAAGAACUUAAAAAUCCAAUCCGCUCAUGGCACGCGAUAAAGGAAGACAAUGCAUCAUACAUGAAAAAGGCAACAAAGUUCUACGAUGGUUUAGCUGCACGUGCAGUAAGAAAUGGUCAUGUAAUUGAUAUUUAUUCAUGUGCACUUGAUCAAACAGGCUUGUAUGAAAUGCAUGCAUGCUUCAACACAACUGCAGGUAAUGUAGUUAUGGGUGAUAGUUUCAAGUCAUCGCUAUUCAAACAAACGUAUCAACGUGUUUUCGAGAAAGACUGCAAUGGAUUCCUCAAAAUGGGCUUUAAUGCGACCAUGGAAGUGAAAAUUGGUAAUGGUUUGAAAAUCGAAGGUGUUCUUGGUUGCUGUGCAAAUGGUGGUAUAAAGAAUGCUUCAGUAUCAGAUACAGAAAUGGGCAUUGGUGGUACUUGUCAGUGGAGAUUUUGCUCCAUCAGUCCGCGAACAACUAUUGCUGUAUUGUUCGAAAUUGUUGCACAGCAUGGUUCUGGAAUACCACAAGGUUCACACGGUAUGGUCCAAUUUGUGACUCAAUAUCAGCAUCCGGAUGGGCGAAAGCGUAUUCGUGUUACAACUACAUGCAGAAAUUGGGCUGAUAUGGCAACCCAGCAACCAAGCAUCGCAUAUGGUUUUGAUCAGGAGGCGGGAGCAGUGAUAAUGGCUCGAUUAGCUUCUUGGCGUGCAUCUUCAGAAAACGAUACACCGGAUGCAUUACGGUGGCUGGAUAGAAGUUUAAUUCGUUUAUGUCAAAAGUUUGGUGAAUAUCACAAGGAUGACCCAUCAUCUUUUUGUCUAUCAGAGAAAUUUGCUCUCUUUCCACAGUUUAUGUUCCAUUUGCGACGAUCACAAUUUUUACAAGUGUUUAAUAAUUCACCAGAUGAAACAUCUUACUACAGACAUAUUUUGAUGUUCGAAAACGUACUGGAAAGCACUACCAUGAUACAGCCUGUAUUGUUUGCAUAUUCUUUUAGUGGCCCACCAGAACCGGUUUUAUUGGAUACAUCAUCUAUUCUUCCAGAUCGAAUUUUGUUGAUGGAUGAUUAUUUUCAUGUUUUAAUUUAUCAUGGACAGACAAUUGCCGCAUGGCGUAAAAUGAACUAUCAUGAAGAUCCACAGUACAGCGCUUUCAAACAGCUAUUGGAAGCGCCAGUGGCUGAUGCAACGACAAUUUUACAAGAAAGAUUCCCUAUGCCACGUUAUAUCAUCACCGAAUAUGAAGGCUCCCAAGCCCGAUUUCUAUUGUCCAAGGUUAAUCCAUCCUUGACACACAAUAAUCCAUAUGCAGCGGAAGGUGGUGCACCGGUUUUUACGGAUGAUGUCUCUUUGCAGGUUUUCAUGGAGCAUCUGAAGAAACUAGCUGUUUCCUCAUCCACUUAGUUAUUAUAUUAGCAUGCACAUGUCAUCUGUUACUAACUCUGAUUUGACUGUGAUAUGACUAUGUAAUUAAGUCGUUUUUCAGUCGUUUUCCUCGCUGUUUUUACCUUGUCCCCGCUACUUGUUUCCUUCCAGUAUGUUAUUAUAGAAAUUUUCAGAAUAAAGCUUAUUUUAC